GCGGCCAGCGCGCCCAGCGGAUCCUCGCGUUGCCCCUGGAAACCACACGGUGCUGUAGCUACCAGAGCAGGGGAAGGACAUGACGAUUUAAGAUGGCGAAAGACCUGGACGAGCUCUUGGAUGAGGUCGAGUCCAAGUUUUGCAGACCAGACCCACUGAGACUGGAUAUGGUCGAACAGCCCAGAGGCGGAGGCGGUGGCGGUGGCAUCCUCAGCAACGACCGGAACCGAGCCGAGGCGAAAGAGAAUCUCAGAUCAACAGAAACAUUUAAAAAAGAACAUGAUCUUGACAGUCUUAUUAACGAAAUAUUUGAAGAGCCCAACUUUGACAAAAAACGCUCUAAAUUAAAAUCUAAAUCUUCAGGUAACACAUCUGUCAGAGCUUCCAUUCAAGGCCUUGGUAAGAGCUGCAGCCCAGUCUACCUUGGUGGAAGCGCUGUUCCAUGUGGGAUUGGGACAAAUACUUCACAGAGAGCGUGUGACCAUCUGCGUUGUAUAGCCUGUGAUUUCUGGGUAGUAAGCUACAAUGACUAUGGGUGGGACAAAUCAUGUGAUUACCUGUUUUUCAGGAACAAUAUGCCAGAAUUCCACAAAUUAAAAACGAAGUUGAUAAAGAAGAAAGGAACACGGGCAUACGCCUGCCAGUGCAGCUGGAGAACUAUUGAAGAACUGACUGACCUUCAGACGGACCGUCACCUUCGCUGGGUUUGCGGUAAACACUAAGAAUGCAGACUUUCCACGUUCAGACAAAUGCAUCCAUGAGAACAGUCUCUAUUAGUUGUCACAAUAUUUAGGUAAAGGUACAUAGUAUCGUGCCCUUUGGAAAAGACAGGAAAUUUCAUUUAAUGGCUGUACAAGUUUUCAAAGACCAAAUGGACUUGGGAAGAUAAUGUGCUUUAACAUUUUGGAAUUAUUCCUUUUUGAUAUAUGGACAUUUCACUUAGUAAGUAAGGUAACAAGUUAUCCAAAUACUUCUUCGCUAGCCUGUCCCCUGUUAAAUAGAAAUUUAAUUGUGGAGUUUCAUACAAGUAUAUAACCAUUCAGUAGCAACUGCAGUACUUCUGACUGCUAAUAUACUUAGCAUAAACAUUCCUCGUUAUAGCAGUUAAAGGGGAUGAAGCUGGCCCUGCAGAGAGGUCAUUGAGGGGUGUACACAUCACCUCUUCCACUCAGAUCUGUUGUUAGCAAAGAUCAUAAUUUAGGCAUGUCAGAAACCAUGUGAUCAGUGGCUAAUUGCAGGGUUUUCGGGAGUAUAGGUAUAUUGUAGGUGAAAACACUGCCUGUAUCUGAUCUAACUUCACUAAUUCAAAGCCAUACUAUGCACAGUAGUAAGUAUAUAUUACCAGUUUUAGCUUGUUUCUCCUCCUCUUGUUCAUUUAGCAGAAGUUAUUUCGUUUGCUCUUCUAGCAAGUAUUCAUUUCUAUAUAAAAGUGGGGUUUUUUGAUGCACCUAAAAGUACAAGGAAAAAUCCUAAUACAGACAGGUCAUUUUUGGAUUUUUCAACCACCUUCUUGCCUUUAAUGCCCUAAAACUCCAUUAAGUAAAGAGAACAGCAAGUAAGAUAUUUUCUCAGGCAGCCUGUUGAUUUUUCUGGUAGGAUCAGGUUGACAUACUGUUUAUUGGUGAGUACAUGAAAAAAGAAAGCAUAGCUGAA